CCAAGGCCUUCAUCAAAUAUAUGAUGAUCGGCUGGGAAUCGGCCAACUAUUGGACAUGGGAGUUCCUCCUCAAUAUUAAACAUUUAAAGGCAUACCCGGAAGUCCUCCGGAAGUUUGGUUGGGCUCCCCCAACCAUCGUACUCUACCUGGGCCACGCCAUCUCCUUCACGGAGUACUUUAGGGACACCCCUCCCCCCUACUGCCGACUGGGUGGCAAUAAGUCCAUCCUGGUGUUCCGAGAGCUGAAAAAGCUGUACAAACACGUGGGCCGGACCGUCCUGGGCCACCAGACCUUGGUUAAACAGGUCAAGCAGGGCAGGCUGGUGGCCAAGGAAUCCCUGGCUGCCUGCCAGAAGCUGGCCAAGGCCAAAAUUCCUUCACUCCUGGAUGACCUCGAAAAGGCUCCGCCCAAAGAUCCUAAGACGAGAUACAGGUUCUUUGGGUACCUGGCGGCGUACCUCCUUUCAAUAUAUGGGCACAGGACCAGAGUCCUCACAAGAAUGAAAGUGAAGGAGGUGAAGGAUGCGCUGGGUGACGACCAGACGGGGUACCUCAUAAAUGUCAUGGAACACAAAACGGUGAGGAGGUUUGGCCUUGCCCAGCUUUACCUCCAGCCAGAGGAAUACGGGUGGUUCCGAAAGUGGCUCCAGCUCCGAAAGAGGGCUGUGCCGUUAAAUAACCUUUUCUUCAACACCCUGGGUCGGGGGCAGGCCAGGGACAUGGUCCGUUAUUUCAGGAGGGCUUGGUCAGAGAUGGGCCUGCCGGGUGACCCAAGCCUCCUGGAUGUAAGGACUGCUGUCGCCACCUACAUGAGUAUCGCAAACACCUGGAACUCGUUUGCCAGGGGGUAG